UGUGCGUCAGUUGUUUUAUGCAUCAGUGGAGUUUCGCAAGCGCCGGUACUGUCUCCUGGUGAAGCUAAAGGUCAUCUGCUUCAUUGCAGCUUCUUGCCACCACGAAGUCAGUGUUAUUCAGCCACUGUCUAGUUAAACAAUGGACAAUUUUGAUAAUUUCAGUUCGUCGGAAAAGGCAGAGGCGACGGAGCUUCAGCGUCUUAUCGCUAUAGAGCAGCAGAAAGCGCAGUUCCAGGCCCAGGUGCACACCUUCACAGAUGUCUGCUGGGAUAAAUGUGUGGACAGUCCGGGCUCGAAGCUGGACUAUAGGACAGAGACGUGCCUAGUGAGCUGUGUGGAGCGUUUCAUUGACACCACUUUGACCAUCACCAACCGCUUCACACAGAUGGUGCAGAAGGGCACUCAUUAACAAUGAACUACUGAUGCUAAUAGCAGUGUGGAGCCAUAAUAUACACUGUUUAUUAUCCGUAACAUGUCAUUUAAGGAUAGAUAAUGUGAAGAUUUUUUUUUUUUUUUUUAAUCGUGGUUUAUGCGGGCUCAACAUGGAAUAUUUUUGCAUGGUUAUUGCUGCACAUGUGAGAAGUAUCUGUUAUAUCAUGGAUGUUAGUAAACUGACACCAAAUGCCCAUGUACACCAGUGAAUCCUGUCUGUUCUUAAAGGAAGCUGUGUCAGAGUUAAUCCAGAUCCACAUUCAUGUGGUGUGGUCGCUCUCACUGUUUGCAGGAUCAGAUACUGGGAGCAACUUUGGAUUUAUGUGAGAAGAAUCACAGCAUCAAUGACCAGCAUUGGUGUUUAAUACAGAUUUCCUAGUGCAAUAUGAACAUGUGGAUUUUGAUUUGAGUCCUUCUCAUGUCUUGAUAAGUAUGUAAAAAAGAAAAGAGUGCAGACAAAUAUUUGUUUCCAAACUUUUGGCCCUUUUUGUUUUGUAAAUUUUUUAAAAUUCACAUUUUCCAACAUAACUUUAUUUUCAUGGUAUGUAGAGUAGGCAGCAAGUAUAGCCAGGGCUGGGUGUAGUUAAAAAAUUUACCAAAACCAAUACCUUCACUUAAAUAUAAGUAUUAAACCAUACUGCUUUUAACAAAAAUAAAAUGUAGUACACAUUAUAUUACAAGUUUUAUUUUUCAGCUCAUUUGUAUUUUUGUGUACUCAAAGCAGUUUCACAUAAUAAAAAAUAAACUUAUUUUACCAUAGCUUGAAUUUUUCUGAAAGUAUAAAAUCAUCGCAUGCUAUCAUUCAGUGUCACCCAUGAGAUUGACUCCUUAAUUAUCAAAUGACAGGCACUUUUCCUUUCGGUGGUGCUGUUAAAAAUGUUGUUUGGCUCAGCAACUGCGAGUGUGCACCUCGCUAUACUUGAUGUUGCAGAAGAUGUAGAGCUGCUAAUACACCUGGAACGCCACUGAGUUUGAGUUGAAAUAUAAUGCUUAGCAGGCUCCAAAUGCAUGAAGGAAAAGCUAGAUGUAGAAGGUGUUUAAAAUUAUGCAGUAUCUUCCUCAUGGGUGAAGCUGCAAAGCACUGAUGCACAAUGUCCUCUGUGCCAACACACCAAGUGAUCAGGAUUCUGAAACAACUUACUUUAAAUAAACAUAUAAGAUAUGGUGUGAAUGUGGAAAUGUAUCAAGGAGUAUGCGAGAAUGAAAUCUUGAAAUAGAAAAUGUGUACGAACCUUGUAUAUAUGGAUGGAAUUCAGGAAAAACUGCUCUAAUAUUGACUAAACCACGGUUCUGUAAGAUGUUAAAUAUUGUUUUUUUUAUUAAUGCUACAUAUAACUCCAUUCAUUGGAUAGUUGAUUUAUAUUUACAGAACAUAUAAUUGGUGUAGCUCUAAAUGUUAGACACCUGAGAGCCAUAUUUAUCAUGUCCUUGAACUGAAAUAUCAUUCUGAUUAAAUUAAUGCUAUCAUUAAAUGUUGUACAGUAAUGGAG